CUGUAGCUUGCAACUUCCUGACUUCUUCUGUCCUAUUCCAAGGAACAUUCAUUUCAUUCUACUGAUUUGGACAAACCGUGCAAAGAUGGGGUGUUCGUUUGGGGUCCUCCUGCUUCUCCUGUGCGCUCCCUCCUUAGGAAGCAGCAACCUGAUCCAGUUUGCAAAUAUGGUCCGCCGGCUGACUGGGAGGCUGCCCUCUCUCUUUUACAAUGGGUACGGAUGUUACUGUGGACUUGGAGGAUCCAGAAACCCCAUGGAUGAAACUGACUGGUGCUGCCAUACCCAUGAUUGUUGCUAUGGAAAGAUGGAAAAACUGGGUUGCCAUCCUAAACUAGAGCUUUAUACCUACUUAGUCGGGAACAGCGGAAUCGUGUGUGGUGGAAAGACAAUGUGCCAGAGGAUGACCUGCGAGUGUGAUAAAGUAGCCAGCUUCUGUUUCCGAAAAGCCGCCUAUCACAUCAAAUAUGUCUUUUACCUAAACAUUCUAUGUAGAGGCGCCACGCCUCCUUGCUAG